CUUCCCGCCAGUUCUGGGAGGUGAUCAGCGACGAACAUGGCAUCGACCCCGUGGGCCAGUACAGCGGAGACACCGACAUGCAGUUGGAGAGGAUCAACGUGUACUACAAUGAGGCCUCUGGAGGGAGGUAUGUCCCGCGCGCCGUGUUAGUCGACCUCGAACCGGGCACGAUGGAGGCCGUUCGCUCGGGCCCCGUCGGCAAGAUCUUCCGUCCCGACAAUUUCGUCUUCGGUCAGAGCGGCGCUGGCAACAACUGGGCCAAGGGCCACUACACCGAGGGCGCCGAGCUCGUGGACUCCGUGAUGGACGUGAUGCGCAAGGAGGCCGAGAACUGCGACUGCCUGCAGGGGUUCCAGCUCACCCACUCCCUCGGGGGGGGCACGGGCUCGGGCAUGGGCACGCUGCUCAUCUCCAAGAUCCGGGAGGAGUACCCCGACCGGAUCAUGAACACGUUCUCCGUCAUUCCUCCCCCACAGGUCUCAGACACGGUCGUGGAGCCAUACAACGCCACGCUGUCAGUCCACCAGCUGGUCGAGAACACGGACGAGACCUUCUGCAUAGACAACGAAGCCCUCUACGACAUCUGCUUCAGGACGCUGAAACUCACCUCUCCUUCGUAUGGGGACCUGAAUCACCUGGUGUCCGUCACGAUGUCCGGGGUGACCACAUGCCUCAGGUUCCCAGGCCAGCUCAACGCAGAUCUCAGGAAGUUGGCAGUUAACAUGGUACCUUUUCCACGUCUCCACUUCUUCAUGCCAGGCUUCGCACCUCUCACCUCCAGAGGAUCUCAGAGUUACCGGGCCCUCACCGUCCCCGAACUCACCCAGCAGAUGUUCGACAGCAAAAACAUGAUGACAGCCUGCGAUCCCAGACACGGCCGCUACCUCACCGUGGCCGCCAUCUUCAGAGGCAGGAUGUCCAUGAAGGAGGUGGACGAACAGAUGCUCUCCGUUCAGAACAAGAAUUCCAGUUACUUCGUGGAGUGGAUCCCGAAUAACGUGAAGGUGGCAGUGUGUGACAUUCCCCCGCGAGGCCUCAAGAUGUCUGCCACUUUUAUCGGAAACUCGACAGCCAUUCAGGAAAUCUUCAAGCGCAUUUCCGAGCAGUUCACAGCCAUGUUCCGGCGGAAAGCUUUCCUCCACUGGUACACCGGCGAAGGCAUGGACGAGAUGGAGUUCACCGAGGCCGAGUCCAACAUGAACGACCUGGUCUCGGAGUACCAGCAGUACCAGGAGGCCACGGCGGACGAUGAGGACUUCCUGGACGAGGAGGAGGCCGAGGAGGAGCUGGUGGAGGAGCAGUAGAUAGGGUGUGUGAGAGGAGGAGAGAGGAGAGUGAGAGAGAGAGGGGGGGAGGGUGAUGGUAAGAAUGCGAGAGAGAGAGAGAGAGAGUGGGAGGGAGGAAGAAAGGAGAGGAUGAGAGGACGAGGAGGGGGAAAAUGAGGUAAUGGCGAGAUCCUCGUUUUGGUUGAGAGAGAGAAAGAAUAAGAAUAAGAGAAAAAAGAGAGAAAGAGAGAGAGAGAGAGAGAGAGAGAGAGAAUCUAGGUUGAUUAUCUGCUUCUUGCAAGGAAUCAAUCUUAAGUCAAUUGAUGAGUCGAAAGCAAUGUAUGCAUUUGAAAGCUUUUGAUUUUGAAAGAAAUUGAAGAGAGAGAGAAAAAAAAAUGGGGUUUCCAAGAAUUUAGGUAAUAAUUAUAUUUUGAUUAAGAGUCAUCACAAAAAAAAAAAAAUGAUUUUGAGAAGUGGAAACGGUAAAGAAUCGUUAUCAUGAUGGAAAGUAAAGAGAUGGAAGUCAGAGAAAAUAAUGAUGAUAACAAAAAGAGAUACUUAUUCUAGUCAUUACUAAUAUGCACAGGACAUAUUGUGUAAUGAGAAUCGAUAGGUCAUCAUCACACCUAUUCAUCACUCAAUAUUUUGUUUUCUUUAUAUUGCAGAUCAAUAACUUAUUCCAUUGCGUAAAAAAAAAAAAUCUAGUUGAUAUGAUCUGAUAAAAAUAAAAAUCAAGAUCAUAAAAUCAGUUCCUUUAAAAAAAUAUAUAUAUAUAUAUGAUUUUUCAGUAUCAUUUACAUGUUGCUCUUUAUACCGUACUUUUCAUGUGCCUUAUACAAGAGUCCAUAAAAUGAUCAGAUUUCGCCAAGUUCGUAAACACACAAAUUACAUAAGUUUUCCUUGGCAUUUGUUCCCUAAAUACCUAAUUAUUUGACGAUAGAAUCCAUGUCACGUUAUACAGGAACACGUCAAAGAACCGAGUGCAUUUGUCAUGUCAUAUAGGCACUCGUUCGAUCGGAGAAUGUCCAAGUGUAUUUCAAAUGGCCGUUGUCAUGGCUGAGUGUAUGACUGUUGAAUACCGUGUUGUAUGCCCUGGUGCUCUUCUGCGUCAAAACUGAUUUUUUUUUUUUUUUUUGUUUUUUUUUUCUCCUCAACUAGAAUUAUUUUGUUAAUUUGGAAUAAAAACACUUGAAGUU